GUGAACCACCACUCCCGGCCAAGAACAGUUAUUUUAGAAAAGAUGAAACCUUAGGCCAAGAUCUGAUGGACAAGUAGAAGUUAAACUUCUGGCACUGGCAUUCUUUGGCUGUCCCUAUAGUAAUUAGUCCCUAAUAGAUAUAGAGGACCAAGGUUAUGCUCUAAUGGGAGACAGAAAUAAUAAGCCUAAUUUCAUAUUAGGAAGAUAACUAGCCGAUGGUGUGAACCAAAGGGAAUAAAUAGAGGUAAGAGGCAGAGGGACCAGCAGGAUAUCUGCUGGAUUACAAAGGCCAGAAAGCCAGGGAUCCUGCCUGCCAUACUGUAUUACAGUCCCUAUUACUAGUAGUAUGAGCAAUCCAUGUGCAAACAGUUGUGACAGAGCAGUAAGAACCAUUAACAUAUUCCACUGAAUGUAACAUGGCAUCUAUUUUAAGACAUUGUUAUGUACUAAGAGAAAACUUGCCAGUUAAAUCAUGACACUAAUUGUGGAUCCUUCUACAGCUGAAAAAAUAGGAAUGAGGGAAUGGACUUAGGGAAACACCACUAUCCCCAGAGUGAUUUGAUCAUGCAAAAGCUGUGGAUGUUUCCAGAGACGCAUAUUGCUAGGAAGAGCUUUUCAGUCAGGAGAAAGACAUGACUUCCUGGCAGAAUGCCAAGAAGGGCAGACUGCCUCCUCUCCCAGGUGUUCUCUGGAACACACUCUACUAAAUGACCAAUGAUAGAGUCAGUGGUAAGGGCCCAGCUAGCCUAGGAAGCAGCUGUUUUUGCCUUUUUAUUAAUAUAGGCAGAGAAAACAAGAUGCAAUGUUAAGAGAUUUGCCCAAGUUUAUGCAAUGAGUUAGUACAGACUUUGUGACACUUUUUCAAGCCAGUGGCUCCUCCCAAAGGUGGCCAAAGUUUCCCCACCCAUUUUCCUGACCUGCCCAGGCCUGUGGUUGCUGCCCAGGGAGCUAAGUAAGGCUCCUCCCCAAACAUAAACUUGAAGCUCUCCUAGACCUAGUAGACUUGGCCUUACCUCUCUGCCUCUGGCUUUCUGUCUCUUUCAUCUUCCUCCGCCUUUCCCCGGCUCUCUGUCCCUUUUUCUGCAGGUCUCAGCUGGUGUCUGGAAACAGCUCCCAUCCCAUGGACUCCCACUCCGGGGAGCCAGGACUCCUGCCCUGUGAGACCUGUGACAUGGCUUUCCGCUCCUCGGCCCUGUUAGCCACCCAUACUCAGCGCUUCUGCAUUGGCCGCGUGACUGAGGAGAUGACAUUUGGAGCACAGCCCUCAGUAGCCCCUGAACCACAGGGAGCGGCGGUUGUGCCACAAGAAAUCCGGGGCUUCCAAGAAGAGCAGGCCAGUAAAUCUGCGCUGAAGGGGUUAACAGAGGAGGUACACUCACCUGCCUCUCCCCGCGGCUCGAAACGUCCCCAAACCUGUAGAUCGUACUUGGAACACACAGAGAUCGCAGACCACUGCUACCUCCAGGUGCAGCGGCUGCGGCUGUCCCUACAGGAAAUGCGACCCUGGAUAACAGAGGCCCCCUGGGGGUCCGCAGCGCUCUGGAGACGUUCAGAGGAGCCGCCUCAGGGCCCCACCUGCGAGGCUGCGGCGGCCCCGGGCGAGCGGCUGCGGGCGCUGCAGGCGACUCGCGCAAGGCGCGUGGCGGAGACUGAAGCACAGAGCCGGGCCCUGGAGCGCCGCGGCCAGGAACUGAGCCGGUGCCUCCAAGGUGUAGCUCGGACGCGGGGCGGGAUAUCCCGCCUAUUCGGCUUGGAGCGGGAGCUUCGAGAACUCCGGGCAGAGGCGGGACGGACACGGGGAGCUCUAGAGGUGUUAGGGGCGCGCGUUCAAGAGCUACAGCCAGAGCUAGGGACACGACUGAACUCCUGGCAGGAGGCGGAACUCUGUUGUCCGGUGCUACAGGCCAAACCAGCGACUCUGGCUGCCGAAAUCGGGGCCCUGCGCGAGGCCUAUAUUCGAGGCGGGGGUCGGGACCCGGGUGUUCUGGGACAGAUGUGGCAGUUGCAAGUGGAGGCAUCAGCACUGGAGAUGCAACGGUCGUGGACCCGCAGGGGAAGGACAGGAGCCAAAUCAGAGGAACUUCUAAUAGUGGAAGCCGAAAACCAGCGCCUGGAGGCCGAAAUCCUGGCCUUGCAGAUGCAGAGGGGCCCUGGCCGGGCGCCCUGGGGGCCGAGGGAGCCGCGACCCCUGGCGGGUCCCAACCUACGACUGAAGGGGAGGAGAGAUCCCCUACUCUUCCCGCCGCCAGUGGCGCCGCCGCUGCCACCACUUCCAGGCUCCACAGACCUUCAGUUCUUGGGUGGCUUGGGAAAGGCUUCACAGCUUCCUGGAACAAUGACCAGGAACCUGGGCCUGAACCCACAUUUCCUCCUGCCCACAUCUGACGUGCUGGGUCCUGCACCCUACGACCCUGGGGCUGGCCUGGUCAUUUUCUAUGACUUCCUGCGGGGCCUAGAGUCUUCUUGGACUUGGGUGCAGCUAAUGACUGGCUUGGCACGAGACAGCCAGGAUACAGGAGGGACCACAGCAUUGCCCCCAGCCCUUUGCUUGCCCCCACCUCCAGCUCCUGGGCCCGUGGGCAACUGUGCCAUCCUUGCCAGCAGGCAGCCUGUGCCCAGACUGCUACCUUCACCACCAGUAUCCCUGGUCUGUGAACUACAGGCCUGGCAGGGACUGGCAUGGCCUAGGGCACCACAGCCAAAGGCUUGGGCUUCACUUGUGCUAUUUGACCAAGAUCAGCGGGUCCUAAGUGGCUACUGGCGCCUCCCACUUCGGGCUCAUCCUCCAGACCCUAGCCUUAGCCUUGGACAGAUGAAUGGGAUACCCCAGGCAGGUCAGGCUGAGCUUUUCCUGCGGCUGGUGAAUGCAAGAGAUGCAGUUGUCCAGACACUGGCAGAGAUCAAUCCAGCAAGUGCCCACGAGUACCAAUACCCACCUCUGGUGUCCAGCUCAUCUUCACUGGGUGACAACUCCCUCAACCCCACAGCUGGCUUUGCUGAUCCCCCACCUCCAGCAGAAGAGUCUCUCAGUGGAGUCAAGGAUAGAGAAGAGGCUUUGGGCACUCGCCUCAGCUUUAACACGCCCCCAAUGAGUUUCUAAACCCAGGUGAACGUGGGUGUGAGCAUGUGCAGGACUAGGGCCUAGCACGGAGGCCUGUUCCCAGGCCUGCAGCUUUACCACUGUGUUCUGACACAGAGCCUGGAAGCAAACAGCGGUUAUGAGUACAAAACAGAAGCUCCAACCACAGCUUUACCACUUCACAAGUACUUGUAGUACCUGUUCUGCUUUUGUAAAAUAGAUGCGAGAACUAAAUGGGUAUGUCAGGUAUUUACAAUAUGGCACUUAUAAAGUCGUCCGAAAAGUGACUGGGGGCAUCCUUUAAUUCCAACUAAAGGAUAAAGUAAUUCCUACUUGGCUUUUUGCUAAAGCCAAUUUUAUUCGUAGAUUUCAUCCAAAUUCUUGUUUGCUGAGUACCUCUUCCAGGAAACCCAAGCUCUCAAGGUUCCAUAACCAGGAAGCUUCUGCAGCCUUAUAUAUAAUCUAAAUCUAAAUAGAUUCCAGGAUAGGGCUGCAGCCUAAUGUUUUUCCUCCCCACACCCACAAGCACGGGGUCCCAUGUGAGAUCUAGCUGAAAUUAGACACUGAGCCUAGCCCCUGAUCCCACUGUCAACCAAAGGAUGUCAAGACUAUCAUGACUGUCCUGACCAACAAAGAAGAAAAAAAAAAAAAAAAAAGCCUCAGGACCUGGAACAUUCACUGCAAAAGCAUCUUCAGGAAGAAAGUUCAAAGC